CCUAAUCCCAUCAAAAAAAAAAAAAAGAAACUAAUUCCUAAGACAGGUCUGACAAUAGCAACAUGGACGACAAUGUUAAGGAGUUUUAUAAGCUCUUAGAGAAUAUCUCUAAAUCUCUUGAAGAAAUGGAAGAAGUAUUCAAGUCUGCCUCUUCCUCUUCUAAUGCCACAACAGAGUCCCUCGCAGAUAUUAAAGGUUUCUUCAAUAUGUCGGUUGAUGUUGUUCUUUUGAAUGAGGAUUUCUUAUCCAAGUUCAGAAAAGCUGCUGCACUCUUGGUUGACAAAACCAGUAUCCUUGGACACGACAGGUGUAACCGUUUAAAGAAAUUCAAUAGUGAGAUCGAUACGGAAGUUAAUCGUUUAAACACUGCAGUUGAAAAAGAGAAAAAGAGAGCUGAACUUAGAAAAAAACGAAGUGUACAUGUUGGAACUCUAGAGACUUACAGGAGUGCAUUUCAACCCAAACGAGAUGAGAUGCGAAAGAUGGUUUCCGAACAUAAAGAACUGAAGAAGAAACUUCUAGAUUAUGAAGUGCAGAUGAUAAAGGAGAUGCCCUCUUUCCAAAAUGUGUAUUCUCAAAACAAAAGUAGCAUUGACACAGGGAUCAAUGGUUUUCAAGAGAAUGAACAGCUUUUACAGAAAGAAAGCCAAGAAAUUGAGAAACUUCGUAAAGAACCUUCAAUUGAUUGGAGUGGUCUGAUUAGUGCAUUUUAUGAUUAACUUUUCACGCUUUGUUUUCAGCUUAUCACUCUUAUAACUAUUUUCUUAAUUACUAUUGAAAGACCUCUACUACUAUUAUUCUUAAAA